ACAGGAGAACAAACUGAAAAGCAAAGAGAACAAAAAGCUAAGAGGAACGUCAGCUUUACUACAAGAUACUUAUCACAUUUUUGGUGGUGUGGUCCAGCAGCUGUAGGGAUGUGGACGGAAACUAAAGCAGAGUUGAAGGAAGCCAGCGGGAACAAGUCCAGCUUCAGGAAACAUGUGUUGAACAGUUUGCUGUUGUGUACCGGGGACAUGGUGCACUUGGACAAAUACAUCCAGGACAAGUCCUUUGCUGUGCAGCUGAUGGUCUGGGGGCUCAGAGGGGUGUCCAGGGUGAUUUUGGCUAACAACCCAUUAAGUGGCGCUCUCAUCCUGGCAGCACUGUUCUGGGAUUCCCCAUGGCAGUGCCUGCUGGGAACUCUGGGUGUACUGGUGUCAACGCUAACAGCUCUUAUCAUUGGACAAGACAGUGCUGAGGUGUCGGCCGGUCACCAUGGGUUCAAUGGCAUGUUGGUGUCUCUGCUCAUGGGGGUGUUUAACUUGGCUGGUGACUGGUACUGGUGGCUGCUGCUUCCUGCCUGUCUGGGAUCAGCUACAUGUGUUUUUCUUUCCAGUAGUCUCUCCUCUUUGUUGGUCCGCUGGGACUUGCCCGUUGCUGUGUUUCCUUUCAACCUCAUCUUUAUCCUCUACCUCCUUUGUACUGGCCCAAACAACCCCUACUUCCCACAUCACCCCGCCAUCCCACCGGGGGCGUUGGAGGUCAACGGUACUGAGCUCAGUGCAACCGCAGUGCUGCAUGGCAUCCCUCUUGGAGUAGGUCAGAUCUAUGCAUGUGGAGUCAUGGGCCCCUCCCUGCUCCUCCUGGGGGCUGUUUUUCUCUACUCCCCCCUGCUGGCCAUCCAUGCUGUGCUAGGAUCGGCAGUGGGAACACUAGCUGGUUUAUCUGUGGCGGUGCGUCAUGACUCCCUUUACUCUGGGCUGUCGGGCUUUAAUGGAGCUCUGGGCUGCAUGGUUGUUGGAGGUCUCUUCUUCACCUUUAACUGGAGGACCCACCUCUUUGCCAUUGCCUGCGCAUUUCUCUCCGCAUAUGUUGACAUCGCCUUGAGCAAUCUGCUGGGAACUGUGGGUCUCCCAGCAUGCAGUUUGUCUGCUACCCUGAUAACGACACUGAUGUUACUGCUGACCGGCCAUUUAGCAAUUUACCGCAUUCCAACUGCCAAGGUUAUGGCCCCUGAGCACAACCUGAUCUCCCACAAUCAAUGGGAAGCUGGGGAGCCUGAAGACAAAGAGAACACUAUUGUGUAGUAAAUGUACACCCAGAAGAAUGAUGAGAUCUGAUCUGAGUUUGAUUUCAUGACUGAAUGAAUGAAUGAAUGAAUGAGCACUUAACA